UCAUAAUGUUGCAUCAGCAUUGGCUUCCCUGCAAUAUCCGGGAAACGUGUAUGCCGGUGUCCUGAAUAAGCACUGUGCUAAACUGUAAAUCGUUGGAUCGUGUUACGUGUUCGUGCUUGUGAUAUUUUUCGUCUAAUUAUGGCGGAUGAGAGCGUGACCGAACAAAUGAAGGUUCUGAAAAUGGACGAGAAGAAGAAUAGCAAAGAUGGAGGAAAGAAGAAAAACAAGAAUGCUGGUGGAGAUGCAGGUGGCAAGGCUGAGUUGAGUCCUCCACCACAGUACAUCGAGGAGCGUCUGUCUAUAUAUAACAAACUGAAGGCAGAACACGAUGCCCUGCUGGCAGAGAAAGCAGCAAAAGACAGCAAGCCCAUCAAGAUCACGCUGCCCGAUGGAAAAGUAAUAGAUGGGGAGUCCUGGAAGACCACGCCAUACCAGGUUGCCUGCGGCAUCAGCCAAGGCCUUGCUGAUAAUACUGUGAUCUCCAAAGUGAACAAUGGGGUGUGGGAUCUGGACCGGCCCUUAGAGGAAGACUGCAGUCUAGUGUUUCUCAAAUUUGAUGACGAAGAAGCACAAGCAGUUUAUUGGCACUCCAGUGCCCACAUAAUGGGAGAGGCCAUGGAGAAAAUCUAUGGAGGCUGCCUUUGUUACGGACCACCCAUUGAGAAUGGCUUUUACUAUGAUAUGUUUCUUGAAACUGAAGGUGUAUCGAGUAAUGAUUUCCCAUGUUUGGAGAACUUGUGUAAGAAGAUCAUCAAAGAGAAGCAGCCCUUUGAGAGGCUGGAGGUAAAGAAGGAGACUCUGUUGGAGAUGUUCAAGUACAACAAGUUCAAGUGCAGGAUUCUGAAUGAAAAGGUUACCACCCCAACAACUACAGUUUACAGGUGUGGGCCUUUGAUCGAUCUGUGCAGAGGGCCUCAUGUAAGACAUACAGGAAAGAUCAAGGCCUUAAAGAUUCACAAGAAUUCCUCUACGUACUGGGAGGGAAAAGCUGAUAUGGAGAGCCUGCAGAGGAUCUAUGGCAUCUCUUUCCCUGAUCCCAAGAUGCUGAAAGAAUGGGAGAAAUUCCAGGAAGAAGCCAAGAACAGGGAUCAUCGCAAACUGGGACGGGAGCAAGACUUGUUUUUCUUCCACGACCUGAGCCCAGGUAGCUGUUUCUUUCUCCCUAAAGGAGCCUACAUCUAUAAUACGCUGAUCGAGUUUAUUAGGAGUGAAUACAGAAAGAGGGGAUUCCAGGAAGUGGUCACUCCGAACAUCUACAACAGCAAACUGUGGCAAACCUCAGGACACUGGCAGCACUACAGCGAAAACAUGUUCUCUUUUGAGGUGGAGAAGGAGAUCUUUGCUCUCAAGCCAAUGAACUGUCCUGGACACUGUCUGAUGUUUGACCACCGGCCACGCUCAUGGAGGGAGCUGCCCCUACGUCUGGCAGACUUUGGAGUCUUGCACCGUAACGAGCUGUCUGGAGCUCUGACUGGCCUGACAAGAGUCAGACGCUUCCAACAAGACGACGCUCACAUCUUCUGCUCUAUGGACCAGAUUGAGUCCGAGAUAAAGGGUUGUCUCGACUUCCUGCGUACGGUGUAUGAUGUGUUUGGCUUCACCUUCAAAUUGAACCUCUCCACCAGGCCAGAAAAAUUCCUAGGAGAACCUGAAUUGUGGGACCAGGCUGAGAAGCAACUGGAGAACAGCCUGAAUGAUUUCGGAGAGAAAUGGGUUCUGAAUCCUGGUGAUGGAGCGUUCUAUGGACCAAAGAUUGAUAUUCAGAUAAAGGAUGCCAUUGGCAGGUAUCACCAAUGUGCCACCAUUCAGCUGGACUUCCAGUUGCCUAUUCGUUUCAAUCUCACUUUUGUAAGCCAUGAUGGUGAUGACAAGAAGAGACCCGUGAUCAUCCACAGAGCGAUCCUGGGAUCAGUGGAACGCAUGAUCGCCAUCCUGACUGAAAACUAUGGAGGAAAAUGGCCACUGUGGCUGUCCCCACGUCAGGUGAUGGUGGUGCCCGUAGGACCCACUUGUGAUGAGUACGCCCAGAGAGUACAACAUGAGUUCCACAAGGGAGGGUUGAUGACGGAUGUGGACCUGGAUCCAGGCUGCACACUGAACAAGAAGAUCAGAAAUGCACAGUUAGCUCAGUACAAUUUCAUUUUAGUGGUGGGUGAGAAGGAGAAGAGCAGUGACACUGUGAAUGUUAGGACUCGUGACAACAAGGUGCACGGAGAGAGGAGUCUGAUGGACUGCAUGGAGCGCCUCAAGGAGCUGAAGGCCUCGAGAACCCGAAACGCAGAGGAGGAUUUCUGAUCUCCAUAAACCUCCUGCCAAAUGCUCAGAUGACACUGGGCAACAGCGUGCUGCUCUUCCGUAUAGAUGAUCAAUAACCUCUCGACUGAUCUGUGUGGUUCAGGGGCUCUGUUUUAAAUCGGUGACUAUUUUAAAACAAAUCAGUCAGUUGUCUGAAAGUCUGUAGACCUGAUCUGUCAAAACUUUUUCAAAAGAACUGUAAAAUGUCCUGGUAAUAUUCAUUUGUCAAAUAGCCAUUAUUCUUUGUUAUAGGAAAGGGACUUUUCUAUCAAUAUAUGUAAAUGGGUAAAUGACAAUAAAAUCUGAAAGAGGUCUGAUAUGUUGCAGAUGAAAUAAAACGGUAUAUCUUUCCACUCUUUUAUGUCUCACUUUUGCUGUAACGACUUCAUGUAUAAAUGACACAAAGAAAAUAAAAAUUUAAAAAUACA